AAUAUCGUGUGCUUCAAAACUUGGUAAGCUCGUAAAGUUAUUUUAUUUUAUUUUUUCAUUUUAUUAAAUUGGAAAAUCUAGGAUGGGUUUUAGUAGCCCAGUCAGCCGAACAGUGUCUCUCCACUCGUGAAGGCUGAAGCGGUGUGGGAGGAGAGAAAUAACACAAAUAACACCAAGUCUUCCGUUUCAGCCCCAAUUGUUGUGGUUCUACGGCUCCCUAGUUUUGAGGUUUUGGCAAUGGAGGAUCAAAUUGGUAACACUGAAACUGAGGCUGCUCAACCUAUGGAGUCCGAGUUUCCUGCUGGUUCUAAGGAGCUCAAACUCCAUGAAGUUAUUGCUAAAUGCUCGUUAGACUUUGAUGAAUGGACUUCCCUUAUUUCAGAGAUCGAGAAAACAUAUCCUGAUGACAUAGAGAAAAUAUGUUUAGUUUAUGACUCCUUCUUGUCUAAGUUUCCUUUGUGCCAUGGAUACUGGACGAAGUAUGCUUAUCACAAGGCUCGCUUAUGCUCCGUUGACAAGGUUGUUGAAAUUUUUGAACGAGCCGUACAAUCUGCUACGUACUGUGUUGGUGUAUGGGUUGAAUACUCUAUCUUCAGUAUGUCAGCUUUUGAGGAUCCUUCUGAUAUACGUAGGUUAUUUAAACGAGGCUUGUCAUUUGUUGGUAGAGAUUACUUAUGUCAUACUUUAUGGGACAAAUACAUUGAAUUUGAGUUAUCUCAGCGGCAAUGGAGUUCAUUGGCACACAUUUACAUUGAAGCCCUUAGAUUUCCAACCAAAAUGUUGCAUCACUAUUUUCAUAGUUUUAAGAGGUUGGGUGCCUUGUGGGAAGAGGAAAUGGGAUGCCAUGGUAGUUCUACACUGGAUCAGUCAGAACCUUUGUCUAAUGAAGAAGUUCAUAAAGAUCAAAUUUCCUGUGUUGUCAAAGAGCUGUUGGAGCCAUCUAUUGGCUUAGCCAGUUCAAAAGCACUGCAUAAAUAUCUAACUAUUGGAGAAUUGUUAUAUCGGGAAGCAUGUCAAUUGGAUGAAAAAAUUGUCACUUUUGAGACAAACAUACGGAGGUCUUACUUCCAUGUCAAGUCACUAGAUGCUAAUCAGUUGGAGAAUUGGCAUCGGUAUGUGGACUUUGUUGAGAAGCAAGGGGAUUUUGACUGGGCAGUUAAACUUUAUGAGAGAUGCUUGAUUCCUUGUGCUAAUUACCCUGAGUUUUGGAUGCGUUACGUGGAUUUCAUGGAAACUAAGGGAGGAAGAGAGAUUUCAAACUAUGCUCUGGACCGAGCAACACGAAUUUUUAUAAAUAGAGUGCCAGUCAUUCAUCUUUUCGGUGCCAGGUAUAAGGAGCAUAAAGGAGAUGCAUUUGGCGCCCAGGAAGCUCUUCUUCAUUGUCACACAGAUUCAGAUUCUAACUUUGUAGAGAAUGUUACAGUAAAGGCUAACAUGGAAAGACGUCUGGGAAAUUUUAUGGCAGCUUCUAAGGUAUAUGAAGAAGCACUAGAAAUGGCAGCAGUGAAGAAAAAGCUACAUAGCCUUCCUCUUUUAUAUAUUCGUUUUUCUCGACUAAAAUACAUGAUUACUAAUAGCGCAGAUGCUGCUAGAGAUGUCUUAAUAGACGGCAUCAAACACUUGCCUCACUGCAAGUUACUUCUAGAGGAAUUGAUAAAUUUUGCAAUGAUUCAUGGAGGGAAGCACCACAUAAACAUAGUAGACACAAUCAUAUCUAAUGCAAUAUCUCCAGGGUCGGAUGUAUCUCCACGUUUGAAUAUGAAGGAUGCAGAGGAUGUUUCAAAUUUAUAUUUAGAGUUUGUUGACCUCUGUGGAAAUAUUGAUGAAGUUAGAAGGGCCUGGAAUCAGCAUAUACGGUUGUUUCCAUACUCUAUCAGGAAUUUCUAUGAGCAGUCAACUAUGCCAAAAGACUUAAAAUUGACUGAGGAAGGAAGAGGGGAAGCCAAAUACGACGACAUGAUGCCUCAGCAGCCAGCUGGACAUUGUAGUUCUGACCACCAGAUCCAGCUCACAUUACAAGACAAGAAACUUCCACUGCCACAAACAUCUGAGGACAUGUCUGCUCAGGGUUCCACUGAUCAAGUAUCAGUCCAGAAACUGACAUCACCUGAAAAUCAAGAUAUUCAAUUUGAGCAUGCCAUCAUUGACCAGCUUCAAUCAGGAGAACCCUACAAUGAACCACAAAAAUUAAAAUUGCCAGCUCUGGAGGCUUCCGAACAGCCUACAAAAGCUGCCUCAGAACCAGAAGUUUCUGAGCAGCAUAGAGAAAAUACUGCUGAACCAAAUAUUACUUCAGAUUUAGUAUGUCAAGUGACUGAAGAAACUGGAUGUAUACAAGCUUCACAAGAAUACUCGAAUGGAAAUGAUGUUAAGCAAGAGAAUGACCUUGAGUCUGAGCAAGAUCUGAAACCACCAUCACUGGCAAGUCUUUCGUUACACCCUCAGGGUAGUAUGUCUCCAGAUUCAGUUCCACCAAUGCCUCUCAAUUGUAAAGCUCCUCAAGAAACUAGUAAUGUGAAUGAGAGCAUGAGAGAGAGCAAUUGCAAUAUUAAUGAAGAUGGAGCUUCUGAUUCUGCUAGGAGUUAUCAAAAUCCUGUGCCAACACAGCCACUACCUCAGUCAAAUGUGCCUGCAAAUAUUGGUGGGAACUGGUCUCAAAUGAAUAAUUCUGGUAAAGCUCGUAGAGACUCCAAAUUUGGGCCUCGUGGGCAUAUGCAAAGAAAACCACAUCAGCAACGGCAGGCUUCACCACAACAAUACCCACCAGCUGAAAUGGGCAGUUCAAUGCCUAUGAGUCAAGGCCACUAUCCUCAAAUUGCUUCUACACAGAGCCCACAAGUUCAGCAAGUCAGCCAAGCACAAGUUCACCAUCAGGCAGCUACUGGCCCCGGUAACAUGACAACACCUAUUUCCUGGCCUCUGCAAAAUGUUCAGCAGUCAAAUUAUUCCUCAUAUCAGUCUCAACUGUCUACCCAAGCUACUGCUCCACAGAUAUCUCAUUAUCCGGUGCAAGGCGAAGGACAGCAGGCGACGCAGAAUAGUCAAGCAUAUAAUCAGUGGUGGCAAUAUUAUUACUACCAACAGCAACAGUUUCUUCUACAACAACAACAAAUUCAACAGCAACAGCAACAGCAACAACCCCAGCAGCUUUCAUCACAACAGUAUCAGCAGCAGCAGUUACAACUUCAACAACAUUAUUUUCAACUGCAACAGCCCCAGUUGCAACAGCACCAAUUUCUGUUCCACCAGCAACAACAUUGCAUGCAGCAAGUAGUACAGCAGCCACAACAACUACCUUUAGAACAGAGACAACACCAGCAGCAAAAUGGUACACCACAGAUUCAGGAAUGGAAUGGCAACUAUUGCCAACAGCAGGACCAAGGAGCUGCACCAUCUCACGUUUCAGGAGCAUGUGCACCAGUUGUCCUUUCUCUGUCUCCACAUUCUCAACGCUCAACUCCUCCAGAUCAAUGACUUGCUUCUGUCUGCUGUAUAACGCAAAUUAGAUUUAGCCAUAAUUCCCAUUUAUACUGGUAGUUUCUCAUACCAUUUUUGGUCAAGUGCCCCUUUGAUUAUAAAAAAGAGAUAAUAUUCACUAAUUUAUAUGUAAUUUUUGUAUAAGUAAAAAGAAGGAAGUAUCAUGGCCCUUUUCUGUCAACUUCUUUGUAGAUCUUUAUUGUUGUUUACAUCUUUGUGAUAUGUUCAUGUCAGCUUUCAAUUUCAUGUCUUGCUUUUGUGCACUUUUCAGGGUUUCCUUGAUUGUAAAGUAGUUCGUUACAUUAAAGUUUACUAUCACCGAUUUGUAGCUAUUACUAUCUUAAAAAACAAAAAAUUUGUAAAAUUAAAAUGUUAUACAUGUGUUUGUUCUCAGAGCGGUAAUCCCAUAACAGUUUAAACUACUCCGUGGUUUUUUUUUUCUAUUGUUCGAUUCUUCCCAUCUUUUUUCUUUUUCGUCGGAAGAAAUUGUGGAAAUUCAGGUUCUUAAAUCCGAUUGAUUCUUGGAAAAUUGUUGAAGAUGAAAUUGCCAUGGGUGAGAUUUUUUUGCUCUAUUAGUUUGUCAAUUUGAAAAUAGUUUUUUUCUUUUGAUUGCUAUAUCAAUAACAACGAAAACACAUGCAGAAUUCAUGGCCAAUUCCAAUUCGUAAAAGAUAGGAUCUUCAACAGAGGUUCGAUUUCAUCACUGCGACAGCUAAGUUGUUCAAUUUAUUCAUGUUAAAUAUGCAAAUGGAAUUUUGAGAAGAGAAAUAAGGACACCAAACGAACUCUUUGGUUAUAGGAGGCUCUAAAAUGAUAAUGAGCUACUAAAUUUUUAACUACAACUAGAGUUUUAAGACUGGAAUUGACAGGGAAACUGAUGGCUUGUAGGAGGCUCUAAAUUUUUAACUCCAACAAAUUUGAGGUUUCCUAACAUAUUUGAACAGAAAUUUUACGAAGGGGCAUCUUCGAGUCAGAAUGUGAGAUUAAGCGUAUGAACUCAAAAAAGUUGCAAUGCUCCAUUUAACUCAAAACUUGGUUGACAGACUAAAAUGUAGCAAGUAUUUUCAUUGAGUGUCAAAAAAUUCAAUUAUGUGUUUGGAAAGCCUAGAGUGGAAGUUUUUAUAUCGGAAAGACUAGAUUGAAAAUAGCAAACACUAAGGGGACCCAGCAAUAUGCACCAAUAUAAGUCGAGAAAAAAUAUAAUCAUAAAAUAAGAAGUCAGAGCAACCAACCUCUUGCAUUUCAAUGGAUCCAAAGAAGCAAUUAGUGGCGGCAACAAGCCAACAAAUAAAGUAUAGAGAAGAUUAUCCAAGCACUUUUACAACCUCAUGUGAAUAUUCAAAGAAAGUGUUAAGAUGGAAUAUUUGCUUUCCCUAUAAUUGUGUCCAUAGUCAGGGUAACAGAAUACAAAAGAUUAUCGAGAAAUGGAAUACAGUUAUCUCCAAAUGAAAUCACAUUAACAUUAUUGACAGUUCUCUUCUUAUUUUCUGUUUUCUUUUGGAUAAGAGUACAUUCCCCCCCCCCCUCAAUGUUGUUUCACACAAAGGUUUGACUGGGAAAUGGAAAUCCAGACCAAAUGCCUAUACCUAUAGGCUUCUCCGAAUGAUAGUAACAAUAGAUUCCACGUACCUACUAUUUUGGCAUUAGCAGAAAAUCUAUUACAGUUCUCCACAUGACCUGCAGAUAAGGCAUGUACAAUUAUAAAAGUAAGAUUGCUAAAUGUAGCAGAAGAUAAUGACAAGCAGGGAGAGUUAGUUUAUAAAACCCGUAGUCCAGCAUCUCUAUCUCCGAAUUCUCGAGAUAUUAAAUAGAAAUUCUAACAGUUUUUGUCUUGAUCUGCACAAAAGUCUCAAGAAAGACCCUGGGAGCUACCCAAUAAGGAGGGUACUCCUGUUUCGACAAGUUGAUUUAUCAAUGUAUACAGUCUCAUAUGCAUUUAACCAUCUUCCAGUUCAUUUGCUAUUUAUAAUCUCAUAAUGUCUAAUUCAAACUCUUUAAGUUUGUGCAUUAUCAUAGCAUGCUUCCAUGACACAGGCAUAUGAUCUUCAUGAGAAUCUUCAUAGAAAAAGAUUCAGUUAGUAAAAGACUAGGCUGAGUCAAUUAGAACACUUUAGCAGCACUUGAAAUUUAAAUCUCUUGAAGAAUAAGACAUCUCAAACAUAUAACCUUAUGGGGUAUGACCUGGUUUUUUUCUCAACCUUAACUCAUCCAUAGUAUGCAAUCAUCAAUUUUUCUUUCAUAUGCUAUCAUAACAUACAUUGUUAAAUAGGUAAAGGCCUUUUAUAGCUCUAAGACUCAUGUACACAAUAUAUAUCUUAGCAAUAGUUAUAUAAUCAUAUAAUCAUUAAGGGAUUAGGAUAGCAGACACAAUUUUAGCAGCAUAUCUUGCUUUACUCAUAAUGAUCCAGCUCUUAGCAAGCUACCUUUCCUUUCUUGCUAUAACUUACAGUGCCUUUAAAACUAUCUGCACAAACACAAUAAGGGUGAUGGGAAGAAAUGGCGACAUGUCCAAUGAUUAUGUGUCACAUGAGAUCUGGAACAGUGCCAGAGAAAAUAAUUUCGCAGUGAUGGGACAGGAGACAUUUUAAGAAAGAUAUGAAUGUAAAUUCUAAGAUAACAGACUAUAAAUUUUGUUUAAGAAGAAACGAAGAUCAAAUUAUAUCCAGAAUCCGAAAUGGAAGACUCUUGAACAAAUACAAUAUGGUAAAUAGUUAAUCCACUUAAAUAAACAGACUACGAUGAAUUACCUCAGGUCACAAGUACCUGAUCAAAAUUUCAAGGUUGUGGAUCCCAAACUGAACCUGAUAUAUAAUCAAAAGACUCAAUUUAACCAUAAGAUAAUGAAGAAUGGCUUAAAGCCUUUUGCAGAUUAUAAUGUCAGAAAGUCCAAGCUCAAUAAUGUAAAACUACCCCACUGUUAACAUGAAUACAUUUUUUUCUUUUUCUUUAAAGUAAAUUUGGCAUCAAGAUAAACAUGGUCACUUUGAACGUUCAGCAUCCCAGUUUAGAAAAGGUAAUGAAUACAAAAGCUAAAAUUUAAACAUAAAGAAGCAAGAAACAAAAGACCAAAGGAAUUACAUCCUGAAGGAACAUGAUGCCCAAAAAAUGGGAUCUCAAACAUGCAAAAAAAAAAAAAAAAAAAAAAAGGAUGCAUAGGUAGCUUAUUCAAUCCUAUAGAAUUCUAUCCACAUCAAAUAUCUAAAAUAAGGCUGAUGGAUGUCAACAAAAAAAGAAAUACGGCAUGAUGCAAAAGCUAGCAUUCAAUCUUUUCACUUUUUUCCUGACUAGAAAAUAUCUGCAUAUUCAGUUGCUUCUCCUGCCAUGUUUCUGAACAGAUAUAGUUGCAACAGAAUUUAACAGUACUAGUGGCUUAUGAAUUUACCCCCCAGAAUUCUAGCAGAGAGAUAUAAUAGCUUUUUCAAAGUCAAGAAAAAAAACUUUAUAAAGUGUAUGCUCACCGCUUUGAAGUUAAAUUAGAUAAUUAGUUCCCAUAUCGAUAAAAACCAAACUGCAUCAGUUUCUGUCAUUUCAUGAUAUUUUUAAAUUAAGAUAGCAUGUAGACCAUACACUAAAACUGCACAGGUAACUUAAAUUUACUUAACAGGCAACUCUGUAACCUGCUUUAAAUCUGUACUAGAAUUCAGUAAGUUAACUGGUGUAUUAAUGAACUCUUGAGAAAAUACAACAGAAAAAAUAACUUCACUACUCAUCGCUAAGCGCAGGACUAGUAUGACAUAAGUACCUUCUUAUAAAGGUUACCACUCCUGGAAUAUUGGUGAUGGCCAAAAAUAAUCCCCUUCUCCUUCCACAGGAAGGGAGUUGGGGAUGGUUACAUCAGUACUCAACAAUUAGAUGGAUUAUUCCAGUUGCAUAUAACAGAAAUAAAAAAUCUACUUUCAACUACCUUCUAUUACAAUUGAUCAAAAGGUGUCCAGGCAUAUAUAUUUUGCCCAGGAAUUUCAGGUUUAUGCUCUCCUUUUCUUUUUUCUUUUUUUUUUCCCCUUCUCUUUUUUUUUUUUUUUUUUUUUUUUUUUUUUUUUUUGGUUUUUCUUUCCUUUUUUACCCCCUUUUUUCUGUUAUUUUCUUCUUUCUCUUUGUUCUUUUGGCAAAACUCAUCUCUUUCUUCUUUUUCAAAGAUUCUUCAUCCUUCUCCUUUGUAUUCUCUAUGCAAAAUAUUUUUUCUUUUCCUUUUUUCUUUUUUUUUUUCUUUUUUUUUUUUU